AUGGCGUCGGAGCUGCAGUGUCUGCUCCCCACACAUGGCUGUCUACUUUCCGUAUUACUCAUUACAUGUCUUCCUUUUUCAGUUUCCUAUGACACUGGAACCUUGGGGACUCACACUGAGAUCAAGAGAGUGGCAGAAGAAAGGGUCACUCUGCCCUGUCACCAUCAACUGGGGCUUCCAGAAAAAGACACCCUGGAUAUUGAAUGGCUGCUGACUGAUAAUGAAGGGAACCAGAAAGUGGUAAUCACUUACUCCAGCCGUCACGUCUACAAUAACCUGACUGAGGAACAGAAGGGCCGAGUAGCCUUUGCUUCCAAUUUCCUGGCAGGAGAUGCCUCCCUGCAGAUUGAGCCUCUGAAGCCCAGUGAUGAGGGCCGGUACACCUGCAAGGUGAAGAAUUCAGGACGCUAUGUGUGGAGCCACGUCAUCUUAAAAGUCUUAGUGAGACCAUCCAAGCCCAAGUGUGAGCUGGAAGGAGAGCUGACAGAAGGAAGUGACCUGACUUUGCAGUGUGAGUCAUCCUCUGGCACAAAGCCCAUUGUGUAUUACUGGCAGCGAGUCCGAGAGAAAGAGGGAGAGGAUGAGCAUCUGCCUCCCAAAUCUAGGAUUGAUUACAAUAACCCUGGACGAGUUCUGCUGCAGAAUCUCACCAUGUCCUCCUCUGGACUGUACCAGUGUACAGCGGGCAACGAGGCUGGGAAGGAAAGCUGCGUAGUUCGAGUGACCGUACAGUAUGUACAAAGCAUCGGCAUGGUUGCAGGAGCCGUGACGGGCAUAGUGGCGGGAGCUCUGCUGAUUUUCCUCCUGGUAUGGCUACUAAUCCGAAGGAAAGACAAAGAGAGAUACGAGGAAGAAGAGAGACCUAACGAAAUUCGGGAAGACGCGGAAGCCCCCAAAGCCCGCCUGGUGAAACCCAGCUCCUCGUCCUCGGGCUCUCGCAGUUCACGCUCUGGUUCUUCCUCCACACGCUCCACGGAAAACAGUGCCUCCCGCAGCCAGCGGACACUGUCAACUGAAGCGGCAGCUCAGCCAGGCCCAGCCACCCAGGGACACAGCCUUGCCAGGCUAGAGGCGAGGGCUUCCGAGCCAAAGAAAGUCCACCACGCUGCCCUGACCAAAGCAGAGCCUAUGCCUAGCACGAUCCACAGCCAGAGCAGAACCUUCCAAACAGUGUGA